AUGGCAGAGAAAGGCGUUCUUCUGGAUAAAAAGACCUGUUGUUUGAUCUGUUUGGAUUUGUUAAAGGAUCCGGUGACUGUUUCCUGUGGCCACAGCUACUGCAACAACUGCAUUAAUUCCCACUGGGAUAAGGAGGACAGGAAUGCCACCUACAGCUGCCCAAAGUGCAGGAAGUCCUUGACAGCACGGCCUGACCAGGCAGCAAACACCACAUUAGCAGAGUUGGUGGAGGAGCUGAAGAACAGUGGAAUUAAUGUGGGAAUGAACGGUGACGGUCAGACCGAGCUGGGGUCGAGCAGACAAAAAAUCAAGCAGAGAAUCGAGACCAGACAAAACGACGUGAAGCUGCUUAAACUGGAGGUGGAGAAAAUCAAUCUCUCUGCUGAUAAAGCGCUGAAGGAGAGCAGGAGCGUUUUUGAUCAACUCAGCCAGCAGAUCAAAAAAAGAAGCUUUGAUGUGAUGUAUCGGAUCAGAUCCCUGCAGAAAGCCGAACAGAAUCGAAUCAAAGCGCUUCAGGAGAAGCUGGAGCAGGAGAUCACUGACCUGAAAAGGAAAGACGCUGAACUGGAGGAGCUCUCACACACAGAGGAUCACAACCAGUUUCUGCAUCACCUUCCUUCAUUCACUCAUCCACCUACAGAGUUACCCAGAGCCAAAAUCCUUCCUCUGAGGUUCUUUGAGGAGGUGACAGCAGCUGUGUCAGAGCUCAGAGCUAAAGUACAGGACAUCCUGAGGGACACCUGGGUGGAUGUUUCACCCGUGGUUGAUGUAAACCCACAAGUUGAGCCAAAGACCAGAGCUGACUUCUUAAAAUAUUCAUUCCAAAUCACGCUGGAUCCCAACACCGCAAACACACAGCUGUCAUUAUCAGAGGGGAACAGGAGAGCGACAUUAAUGAGAGAGGAGCAGUCUUAUCCUACUCACCCAGACAGAUUCGUUAGGUGGAGGCAGGUCCUGAGUAACCAGAGCCUGACUGGGCGUCGUUACUGGGAGGUGGAGUGGUGCAGGAAGAGAGUCACAGUGGCGCUGGCAUACAAAGAUAUCAGCAGAGAGGGGUCCAUGAACGAGUGCGCAUUCGGAUUCAACGACAAGUCCUGGGCGCUGGAGUGUAACUGCAGCAGCAGCUACAAAUUCAUACACAACAGCGUGAAAACAGCCGUCUCGGGUCCGUGGACCUCCCGGCUCGGAGUGUACCUGGAUCACAGUGCAGAUCAGUUUGUUUAA